CGCAGCCUGGAAGGGUGUGUACCUGGCGUCGUCCUGGGCUCUGCUUGAGCCUCUCAAAUCCUGAUUCGUGUGACGUCAUCCGUUGCUCACUAUUUCCCGACAUUUUGGAGCUUGGGAGGGCGUGGAAGACGACUUUAGGUGCAGCCCCCAAUCACCGCUGGUCGUCUUAGUCCUUUAACAGCACCCGGCACGAUUACGGAUCCCAGGACCACUGUGAUCUGUGAUGCUAUCGAAGAAAGCAAGAGCGGAGUGUUCCAAACUUUGCUGUUGACUGGGAACGGACCUUAAAGAGGAUCUCCUGUUACAAUCAAAACCGUCCGCCUUCCAACGGCAAGUUUUAUCUUCUGUAAGGUUUGGGGCCGGGGCCGGACGCCUGCGCAGAUUGUCGAGCCGGAUCCAUGGCAACCGAGCAUCUGCCAGCGGAGAGAGCACAGUCGCCCCUCUCUGCCCCACAGCGGGUGGAAGAGCCACAGAAACCCAACUAUGCUCUCAGACUUACUCUUGCAGGGCACUCGGCGGCCAUAUCAUCUGUUAAGUUUAGUCCUAAUGGCGAGUGGCUAGCAAGUUCUGCAGCUGAUGCACUAAUUAUAAUUUGGGGAGCUUAUGAUGGGAAAUGUAAGAAAACACUUUAUGGUCACAGUCUGGAAAUAUCAGAUGUUGCCUGGUCUUCAGAUUCUAGUCGUCUGGUUUCUGCCUCAGACGAUAAAACUCUCAAGUUAUGGGAUGUGAGAUCUGGAAAAUGUUUGAAAACACUGAAGGGGCACAGCGAUUUCGUCUUCUGCUGUGAUUUCAACCCACCAUCCAACCUCAUCGUUUCAGGAUCUUUUGAUGAGAGUGUGAAAAUAUGGGAAGUGAAAACAGGAAAGUGCCUCAAGACUUUGUCUGCUCAUUCGGACCCCAUUUCUGCCGUACAUUUUCAUUGUAAUGGGUCCUUGAUAGUGUCCGGAAGCUAUGAUGGUCUUUGUAGAAUUUGGGAUGCUGCGUCAGGCCAGUGUUUAAGAACACUUGCUGAUGAAGGUAACCCUCCCGUGUCUUUUGUAAAAUUUUCUCCAAAUGGUAAAUACAUUCUCACUGCAACUUUGGACAGUACUCUUAAACUGUGGGACUACAGUAGGGGCAGAUGCCUGAAGACAUACACUGGUCAUAAGAAUGAGAAAUACUGUAUAUUUGCCAGUUUCUCUGUUACUGGCAGAAAGUGGGUUGUGUCUGGUUCAGAGGACAACAUGGUUUACAUCUGGAACCUUCAGACCAAAGAGAUUGUACAGAGGUUACAAGGUCACACAGAUGUUGUGAUCUCAGCAGCCUGUCACCCUACAGAAAACAUCAUUGCAUCGGCAGCAUUAGAAAACGACAAGACAAUUAAAAUAUGGUCGAGUGACUACUGAUGAGGAAAGCCAAGUUAGACACAAAACUGAAAGGAUGGUUUCUUUGAAUUCUGGCAUGGCUCAACAAAUUGUCCUUGUAUGAGACUGAGACAUUUUAACUUGCAAAAUGAGACCCUGUAAAAAGUCUAGGACCUGGGGUUUUUGAGGCCUAAUCUCAAGGCCUGCUAGAAUCUCGUGUGUUCAUCCCUGGACAGUGUCUCGUUCUCUUUCAAUAGCUUUCCCAGAGGGGGAUGGUUUUUGGAAUAUCUAGAAAGGUGACACAACAGGAUGACUGAGGGGGAGGAGGGACCUGUAGCCUCUGGUUUGGGAGGUCAUUAAGGGCAGUGACAUUAGGGAGGUACUGGGAGAAUUGGAGAUGUUUUACAUUUCACUCGAAUAUUUUUGGUGUUAUUCUACACGAUGGGGCAUCAAAUUGCCAAAUUAAUCUGUCAAGUUGGGGACAAUAAAUCACAGUCUGGUUUGUUCUAUGAAUGAA